GGAGGCAAGGCUUGAGGCAACAUUUGAUCCCAGAUUGGAAAGUUAAGCGUUCCCUUUGGCGCAUAUAAAAGCCAGGCAGCCAUCAGAGGCCACCGUUUAGACUUUUCUGUCGCUCUUUCGGAUUUAAGAGGACGCCCGGUUGACAAAGGAGCAGCAUGUCCCUCACCUCCAUUCUCUCAUCAGAGGACAUUGAAAAUGCUGUAAAGGAUUGUCAAGCUCCAGACUCAUUUUGUCACAAGAAGUUCUUCGGGCUGUGCGGCCUCUCCUCUAAGACGCCACAGGAGGUCCAGAAUGUCUUCCAGAUGCUCGAUGAGGACAACAGCGGCUACCUCGAGGAGUCUGAGCUCAAGUUUUUCCUGCAGAGGUUUUCCCCAGGAGCACGAACGCUGACUGAGGCCGAAACCAAGAGCUUCAUCUCAGCCGCUGAUGACGACAGCGAUGGACGGAUUGGAGCACACGAGUUCCUGAUGAUGGUCCUCUCCUGAGCGCUGCAUGUGGAAUUUUCUGAUAUUAUUAUUCUUAUUUCUCAGUGGAUAGUCCAUGUAUGUUAUCUUUAUUUUUGUUAAUGCAUAUGCAAUAUAUAUUCCUUUGUGUUCUGUCUGUGUUGUUUACUGCACCGCUGACAAUGAAAUACUGUGCAUGUAAAAA